AUGUAUAUUGUUAUACUAAAAAGUUCCAGAAUCAAUGGUGUGGAGGAGGGAGAGGUGCACAGAUUAUAUGAUUUACUGGUUGAUGUACCAAAUGUUAACAAUGGUGUGGAGGAUUCUUGCAAAUGGCUAGCCCACUUAUCAGGAUCUUUUAGUGUAGCUUCAGUGUGGAAAUGGGGGGAGCUAACUAGAGGUGUUAAGUAUAAGAAAUCAGUUCUGAGUAUUUGGAAGAUUGUCCCUCUAGCUGUAAUGUGGUCUAUUUGGAAACUCAGAAAUGAGUGCUUGUUUAAUGAAGGCCAGCCCGAUUUUGAGGAGCUAAAAGAAUUGGUGAGAGUGCCUGUUGGGGCUUGCCUUGGUUGUUUUGUUAGUCUUGUUGGUCCCUCACCAUCUUCUUGGCUUGAGCUAGCAGAUGAUAGGCUUGAAAACUUCAUUGCACUUAGAUAUUUAUCCUCAAUUCCCUUGCAGGCUCUUCGUUUCUUUGUAUGCUCUGUGGUAGCUGCUCCAAGUGAUGCAUCAUAUUUGUGUUUGUUUGAAAGAUUAUUUGCCUCCAAAGAAACAGUUCAAGAUUGCCAACUUGGUGGUCCCUUGAAUUAUGGGACAUAUGUUGAAAUGCUUGCAACAAAGCUUGAACGCAUGAUUUUCAAACUUUUUUUCUUUGGGAUAAGUACUGUGAUUCUCAAGCGUCUAAGGGAAACUUUGUCUGCAGCUCUCAUUUUCCAGGAUCUAUCAUUUUUUGAUAAAGAAGCAGUUGGUGAUUUGACUAGCAGGCUUGGAACAGAUCGUCAAAGAUUGUCUCAUGUUAUUGAAAAUGAUAUACAUUUGAUAUUACGCAGUUCUCUUUGGGGCAUAGGUGCAUUGAUCAAUUUACUGACUUUAUCUUGGCCUCUUGCAUUUUCAACCUUGGUGAUAUGUUCUGUCCUGUCCACAAUCUUCCUAUUUUAUGGCCAGUUCCAAAAGAAAGCAGCUAAAUUUACCCAAGAGUACAGUGCUUCUGCAAACGAGGCUGCUCAAGAGACUUUUUCUUUAAUAAGAACUGUUCGAGUUUAUGGAACAGAAGAAGAAGGACUUGGAAGGUACAAGCAAUGGCUGGACAAGUUAGUUUAUAUAGGCAUUCGAGAAAGUGUUGCUUAUGGAUCUUGGUAUCUGAGUUUCAACACUCUGUAUCGUUCAACACAGGUUUUUGCUGUCCUGUUAGGAGGAAUGUCGAUUCUGACUGGUCAUGUAUCAGCUGAGCAACUUAUGAAGUAUGUAUUAUACUGUGAGUGGUUAAUUUAUGCAGCCUGGAGGUUGGAAGACAAAUUAUCAUCAUUGCUUCAGGCUAUUGGAGCAAGUGAAAAGGUUUUCCAGCUAAUGGUUCCCAUGCCCAGUGACCAAUUCUUAUCAAAGGGAAUGAAGUUGCAGAGGCUUGUGGGGAAAAUUGAAUUUGUAAACGUAUCCUUUUACUAUCCUUCAAGGUCAAUGGUACCUGUUCUAGAGCAUGUAAACAUUUCUGUACAGACUAAUGAAUUGGUGGCAAUUGCCGUUCUCAGUGGUAGUGGGAAAAGCACAUUAAUGAAUCUUUUGCUUCGUCUCUAUGAGCCGUAUUUUUUAGAGGCUUCUUCAUGCUUUCAGAAAUGA